AUGUCCCCUCCAGCUGGAUAUGAUAAGGCAAAACCUGGUGAAGUUUGCAGAUUGAAACGUUCCCUUUAUGGCCUUAGACAAGCAUCUAGGCAAUGGAACAAAGAACUUAGCAAAUUUCUCAAAAGUUUGCAAUUUGUACAGUCUAAACAAGAUUACUCUUUGUUUACUAGGACUCAGAAUGGUGAAUUUUUGGUGUUAUUGGUGUAUGUAGAUGAUAUUCUUAUCACUGGAACAUCUCUUUCUCAAAUUGAAGAAGUUAAAAGAUCCUUAGACUCAGCUUUCACAAUUAAGGAUCUUGGAAAUUUGACAUAUUUCCUUGGAAUUGAAGUGCUUAGAACAGACAAUGGGAUUUUUCUCUCACAGAAGAAGUAUAUUAAGGACAUACUUUCUGAUGCUGGUAUGCUUGAUUGUUUCACUGCUCCAGCCCCUCUCUCUUGUGGCUUAAAGCUCUCUACUGAAGUGGGUGACCCUCUUACAGAACCUGAUGUAUUUAGAAGUUUAGUAGGAAGGUUGCUUUAUCUUGGAAUCACAAGACCUGAUUUGUCUUAUUCAGUGCAACACUUAAGUCAGUUCAUUCAUUGUCCUAGAAUUCCACAUCUCAGAGCUGCAUUGCAUAUUCUUAAGUACUUGAAGGGUACUUUGGAUCAUGGAUUAUGGUAUAAAGCUGAUACAGAUCUACAAAUUAAUGCUUAUAGUGACUCAGACUGGAGCUCCUGUCAGUUUUCUAGUAGAUCUCUCAGUGCUUAUGCAGUGUUUUUGGGUUCUAAUUUGAUUUCAUGGAAAACAAAGAAGCAACAUAGUGUUAGUAAGUCAUCUGCAGAAGCAGAAUACAGGAGUAUGUCUGCUACAGCCAGUGAACUUGUCUGGGUUCAAGGGUUAUUGGAAGAUUUACAAGUUCAUGUUCCUCUGCCUGUCACUUUGCAUUGUGAUAAUACUUCAGCACAACAUCUGGCUCAGAACCCCAUGUUUCAUGAGAAAACAAAACAUUUGAAGAGAGAUAUGCAUUAUGUUCGUGAGCAAGUAGAAGAAGGGUUUAUACAGACUGCUCAUGUGUCAAGUUCUCAGCAAAUAGCUGAUGUUCUUACUAAGCCUCUUGUGUCUGCUCAACAUCAGUUACUAUGUGGCAAGCUUGGACUUAUUUCAAAGGUCCAGCUUGAAGGGGGAGUAUAG